UUCCCGUAUCCGCCAUUUCAGUUUUUGAAGUUAGUUGUCAUCGGUCGCUGGAUUGUAGCUGGAAUUCUGUCGCUAUAACGCGCUGUCUGGUUAUUAGAGCUGAUUUCCGGUCACAAACCGAAUAAGAGUCGUUUUUAUUUGGUGGUUCCGGUUCUGUAUCGGCGGAUUGAUGUCCAAACGGCCAGCUGCGGAUGUCGCCUGUUUACUAAACGUGCUCUAGGCGCUAAAGUUUUUGUAUGAGUUGAAGGCUUUGCUUGUGGAUAACGGGAGGGAGCGACGGGAAGGCCCGGUGAAGCCUCGGCUUUGGAGUGGUUAUCAUGGCCGGAAAUUUUGACGCGGAGGACCGUGGCAGCUGGUACUGGGGCCGGUUGAGCAGGCAGGAGGCUGUGUCUCUGUUACAGGGGCAGAGGCACGGCGUGUUUCUGGUGCGGGACUCCAUCACCAGCCCCGGCGACUACGUGCUCUCGGUAUCAGAGAACUCCAAAGUCUCGCAUUACAUAAUUAACAGCAUCAGCAACAACCGACAAUCCGGUCCAGGUUUGGCCCAUCCGAGGUUUCGCAUCGGUGACCAGGAGUUCGACGCUCUCCCUGCUUUGCUAGAGUUCUACAAAAUCCACUACUUGGACACCACCACCUUAAUAGAACCCAUCAACAAGUCCAAACACACCUCCUUCAUCAGUGUCGGACCCGGGGGCCCCCCGCCACGCCUGGAAGACGAGUAUGUCCGAGCACUUUUUGAUUUCCCCGGCAACGACGAGGAGGAUCUCCCGUUUAGGAAGGGCGACAUUCUCCGAGUUCUGGAGAAGCCAGAGGAGCAGUGGUGGAACGCCCAGAACUCUGAAGGCCGGGCGGGGAUGAUCCCAGUGCCGUAUGUGGAGAAGUACCGACCGGCGUCUCCGAGUUCGGCGGCGGGGCCCGGUGUACCUGGGGGACCCCCGGGAGGAAUGGGAAUGGUAGGGAACUCUGACGGCUCUGCAGCCCAGUCCGGCCCUCCACUGCUGGGAGACCCCAGUCAGUACGCCCAGCCCACCCCCCUCCCAAACCUCCAGAACGGACCUGUGUAUGCCAGGGCCAUACAGAAGAGGGUGCCCAACGCCUACGACAAGACUGCCCUGGCCUUAGAGGUGGGCGACAUGGUGAAGGUGACCAAAAUAAACGUGAACGGCCAGUGGGAGGGUGAAUGUAAAGGCAAACGUGGCCACUUUCCCUUCACACACGUCAAACUGCUGGACCAGCACAACGCCGAGGAUGAACUCAGCUGAGAGCGGACAGCUGUGCCGCAUCCUGGACACUAGUAUUAGACCCUCCCUCACCCCUCCCUUCCCACACACACCACACACACUCACCUGCUCCCCCCUCCCUCACGUCUGCUCCGGCUUUUACCUGCACCAAGUACAGUUUCAGAGAAUCACUGAGAACAAAACAAACAGACCCUCGUCGGACCCUCGUACCGCACACACCCUCUAUGUCUACCCCUCUGAGUAACCAUGCCCGCCCUCCUCCACCUGCUCCGACUGACUGACUUAUAAAUGGGUCACACACUCUGCAGUGGAGCUGUAAACUGAACCUCCUGUUCCACGGAUGUGGCAACACCCUUUAGAUCCUCCCCUCGCCUCGUCCCUGCCGUGGACACGUUAUCAACACUCACUCCUCAGGAGACUCCUCGCCGCAGAGAACAUCCACUUCCUCUUCCUGUGUUGCAGCCAGUAGAUAACUGCUCAGCGCUGUGUCAUUUUUCAUCGUCGUCCUCAUCUGUCACCAUGGUUACAGCGCUGCAGGAUCACUCAUGCUGCAUUCAUCUCAAAUGGGAAUACAGAGAAACAACACAGCCUUCAUGUGUUUUGGUGCCAUUAAUGAGUUUUUUACAAACUCUGUUAAAAGCAAUGGUUUUCAGGAAUGUGCUGAUUAAUUUUCUUGCCAGGAGUUGGAUGAGACAAUUGAUUCAGUUCAGUCAAGCUUUAUUUAUCCCAAAGGAAAUUCUUGUGCCAGGGAAUGCUUCAAUUACAGUAACACAAAUUACAGUCACAACAAUAAUCGUUCACAAUACGACUCUGUGUCUGUGCGGCACACUGGAUUUCCCACAGAAUUACAGAGUAUGUGUGGCGGUUGCUGCUAACAAAGGAGGCGAUACAACAACAAUGACGACAACCUUUUUAUUUCUUUUAAAUGCCUGUCUGGCCGUUUAUAUCACUAUGUGUCCCCUCUCUAAAUUGGGAGGUUUGUGUGGGUCCAUUAAUGCAGCGCAGGUGUAGCUCUCCAUGAGUUCUUUUCUUCAGCAGCAGUUUGUGACUAGCAGGGUGGAUGUUUGAUCUGUCGUUCUGUUCACAGCCGAUCACAUCAGAUCGAUGGAUGAGAGGAGCAGCUGCUGUGAGAGAAUGCAAAGUUUAAGACCCAGUAGAGCAGUUAAGUUUCAUUUUCAAUUCGCCUGAGAUUCAGCUGCGCCAUGAAGUUUUAAACAGGGCGGGCCACCACAUAUAAAUGACCGUGUGGGAAAUCCUGAUAGAUAUGACACAAUCGCCAGCAGUCAAUUAGCAUAGCUUAGCAUAAAGACCAGAAGCAGGGGGAAACAUGUAGCUUAGCUCUGGGAGAAUGUAACAAUAUCCACUCACAGGCACCUCUAUAGUUUGCUGAUUCAAACAUUUAUCUUGUUUGUUUAAUUUGAGAAAAGGCAAUGUUUAAAAGUUCAGGUUUAUGGGGAUUGUGUGCUGGACUGUUUCUUGGCUCGGACCAGUUCCCAGGCACACAGUCACAUUUCGACAGAGCCAGGCUCCCUGUUUCUGUCUACUUCAGGCUGCUUAAGCUAAGCUAUCGUCUGCUAUUGUAUUUAUUUCAAAUAUAAGACUCACAUUGAUCUUCACAUCCAACUCUGCAAGAAAGUUAAGUGUGUUUCCCACAAUUCUUUUAAUCCUGAUGUGCUUGUUUCACACUAAAGGCGGAUUUAUAGGUUUACGCUGUAGCCUACGCACAUGGCCUACGCCAUUGUGAGCAUUUAUACUUGUGCGGAGGUGUGUCUGUGAAGUGCUGUAAAGUGUGAUUGAUUCAAAACACACAUUAAACACACAUUAAACAUGGCUUAAUAGAGACAGUU